UGGGGAAUCAGACAACAAUCAUGCGAUCAGGCGACCACCACCGUUUGAGAGUCAUCUGUCACAAGCUUCUCUUGCCACCCUCCGUCACUCUCCUCUUACCCAUUCACUCAUGAUCGAUGCCUCGGCUUAUCCCCAUAUCAUUGACACCAUCGUUGACCACGCCGAGCCCGAGACUCUGCUCGCGCUCCGAGCAACAAGUCACCGACUGAAAGGGCGGGCUGAUCCGCGCCUCGCUCAACAUGUCGUGCUAUGGGAUAACAUCUUGUCCCCGUUCCCAGGCUCUCGCAAGCCGGCUUCGUGGUGGCGACGCCUGUGGGGCGCUCCGACCCCGGCGUCGUGGACUCUCGAACCCUCCUGUGCGCACACCGUCGACAUCGCCGGUCCACAGCCAGACUUGAAUCUUCACAACUCGCCCCAUUUCUUGCCUCGGACGAACGUCAAGACGCUCCGCUUCGUGCCCUCUUCCACGGCACAAUGGCCGCACGAGUGGGCCAUCGCGCUCGCCGCAGACGUCCUGCAACCCGAGGAGGCGGUGGUCUUCUGCGCCCCGCGCCGCCACCCGUGGACUCUUCAUCACGCCUUUAAUACAACAUACAACCUCGAGCACUGUCUCCAGCAUUUGGGUGGCGUGGCCGGACCGUCGUUACUCAUCAUGACUCUUCCUCCGCGCCUAGUGCUGAACGGUGCCGUAGGGCUCGGAGGUCGCUUCCUCCGCCUCCAGCUUCUCCAUGUCCUCGCGAUCGACAAUGUCGUCAUUAUCCUCCACCCGGCCCCGGGACGGGGUCGUCUCGGCGCCUUCAUUGUCUGCGGGCAAGACCGCUACUGCACCAACUGUCACGUGCUCGGAACGGUGAGCAAGGCGAUCCGCGAAAAGCCAGGGCGGCGGGUUGUGCUCGUCGGCAUGGAACAUGUUGAGCCGUGGCUCUGGCCCGUGUAUCUCGGCCCGAAGCAAAGCCCACGCCCUCUGGAGCAAGAGGCGAACGAAAUCGGGAAGGAGGAGAAAAGGAAGACGCCCCUAGCGACGGCCACAGGCGCGCGCCUUGCAGACCAACUCGCCGAUCUCCUCGCUUACGCAUGGGAGUGGCCAGAGGACGCGAUCAGCGAUGUCCUCUCACGCCUCCAGUUCUUCUCGGUGGACGAGUACCGCGCCAUGAUCGGGGAAGAGCGCUGGCGCAUCGAGGCUGAGCAGUAGCUGCUGCAUGUACAAUAGGUAUCCUGUUACGCAUCCGAUUCUCCGCUUACAAUGCUACCCAGAGUCAGGAGCUGUGUAGCGCCCAGUCUCUCUAAGCUAGGGUUGUUGGUGGCGAAACCCGGAGGUACGAUAAAGGAGCUGGAAACGCUGCUUCGCCCGUCCCUCUGGCUCGGCGCGGACGCUGUUGUCGUCGUCGAUGGGCACGUCACGACGACGGUAGGGAGGCGCUCGCGCUUGUAUCGCCGCCACUGCCGGUGCUUGCGGUAACAGAAGA